UUUCUAGCGAAGCGCAACACAAACAAAUCCCCCCCAAAUUUUCAAUUUUUUUUUUCUUUAGUUCCGUUUAAACCCUAAAACUAAAGCAGAAAGAGGGUUUAUGGGGUUAUGCUCGAGCCAGAGUACACUAAACCAUUUUCCCCAAUGGCCUAAAAUUCCAUUCAGUUUAUUUUAAUAAUUAAUAAAAAUAAAAAUCAGAUCAGAGACAGAGCUCGAAAAUCUCAGAGAGAGAGAGAGAGAAAGCUAUGGCUGCUUCAAGAGUAUCGUCGUGUAUAGCAAUGGCUGCGGCGGCGGCGUCCUUGUCCACCCUCUCCAACCGCGCCUACGCCGACGGUCCCUUUAAUUUCUAUCCUUUCUCUUCUUCUUCUUCUUCGUCUCCGUCUCCCGAGGGAGACCAAACCUCGAAAUCCAAGUCAGAUAAGAAAGCCCAGGCCGAAGACUCCUCCAGAAGCUCCGGUUUCGAUCCCGAAUCACUGGAACGAGGCGCCAAAGCUCUUCGCGAAAUCAACAACUCCCCCUACUCUAAACAGGUUUUUCAACUGAUGAGAAAGCAAGAAGAUGUUCGCCUUGAGGAGUUGACUGCAGAGAAGCUUCAUCACGAAGCAAUUGAAGCUCAACGUGCUAUCGAUAAGCAGAGGAAAAUGCAUGAAGAGCAAAGAGAGCUAAUACAGCAACAAGGGCAGGCAAAGGCACAAAUGGUGCGAUAUGAAAAUGACCUGGCUAGAAAAAGAAUGCAGACAGAUCAUGAAGUUCAGAGGAAAAAUAAUGUUGAGUUGGUUAGGAUGCAAGAGGAGUCCUCUAUACGGAAAGAACAAGCAAGACGCGCUACUGAGGAACAGGUUCAAGCUCAGCGGCGCCAAACUGAGAAAGAGAGAGCUGAAAUAGAAAGGGAAACCAUAAGAGUUAAGGCCAUGGCGGAGGCUGAGGGUCGAGCCCAUGAAGCAAAACUGACUGAGGAACAUAACAGGAGAAUGCUUAUAGAACGGAUUAACGGUGAAAGAGAGAAAUGGCUUGCUGCAAUCAAUACAACUUUUAGUCACAUUGAAGGGGGUUUUAGGGUCUUACUGACUGAUAGGAAUAAGUUGAUUAUGACUGUUGGAGGAGCCACUGCAUUAGCUGCAGGAGUUUAUACAACUAGAGAAGGAGCAAGGGUUAUGUGGAGUUAUGUUAAUCGGAUUCUGGGGCAGCCAUCACUUAUUCGGGAAUCAUCCAUUGCAAGAUUUCCAGGGUCAGAACUAAUUUCUCAAGCAAAAAAUAAAAUUUUGAAAUCUAGUACAUCAGCUGGAGCAGCAGGGCCUGCAGGGCCUGUGGGAAGUAAAAAUGGUCAUGGAAAUAUUGUUCUCCAUCCUUCGUUGCAAAGGAGAAUAGACCAACUUUCUCGUGCUACAGCAAACACUAAAACUCAUCAGGCACCCUUUCGUAAUAUGAUGUUUUAUGGACCUCCUGGCACUGGCAAAACUAUGGUUGCCAGGGAGAUAGCUCGGAAAUCGGGUUUGGAUUAUGCCAUGAUGACAGGAGGAGAUGUUGUGCCACUGGGUGCACAGGCCGUUACUAAAAUUCACCAGAUAUUUGAUUGGGCUAAAAAAUCGAAUAAAGGUUUACUGCUUUUUAUUGAUGAGGCAGAUGCUUUCUUAUGCGAGCGCAACAGUACACAUAUGAGUGAAGCACAACGAAGUGCUCUAAAUGCACUGCUUUUCCGAACUGGAGAUCAGUCUCGAGACAUAGUGCUUGUUCUCGCCACAAACAGGCCUGGUGAUCUUGACAGUGCUGUUACUGACCGCAUUGAUGAAGUGAUUGAGUUUCCAAUUCCAGGGGAGGAGGAACGUUUUAAACUGCUGAAACUCUACUUGCACAAGUACCUUUCUGAUGAGGGUGACAGCACAGCUAAGUGGGGUGUUUUGUUCAAGAAAAAGACACAAAAGAUAACUAUCAAAGAUGUAUCUGAUGAUGUGAUCCGAGAGGCUGCGCGACAGACUGAAGGGUUCUCUGGCCGUGAGAUAGCAAAACUAGUUGCCAGUGUCCAAGCAGCCGUUUAUGCACGCCCAGAUUGUGUGUUGGAUACCCAGCUGUUUAAGGAAGUUGUAGAUUACAAGGUUGUGGAGCAUCACCAACGAAUAAAACUAGCUACUGAGGGUAGUCUACCUGCUUUUAGCUAGGGAACAUGCAUCUGAGACUUCACUUGCAGAGUAGAAAAGCAGGCUUCUUUUUUAUAAAGCCCAAAUAUUGGAAAAUUUUGCUGUGUUUUAAUCAUGUUUUACCUUUUAUAUAUAAUGGAGUGAUUGUCA